AUGUCUGGUUUGAGUACAAAAAUAUUAUCUCCGGUUAAUCUUCAAAAAAAUGCAUUCCUUAUAGCUUCAGCCCUUUCAUUAACCAAAUUUCUAAUUGGAAACCAAUCUGGAUUAGCUAAUAAGAUUGCAAACUCAGAAUUAGAUUCAAUUCCUUUAGAGUAUAUAAGCAAGAAGCGUGUUCCCAAUUACCCAGGUCAUAUUCCCUUAUCUAGUACUGAAAAGUUUGCCUUAUUUACAUCAUCUGCAAUUAAGUCAUUUUUUCAUCCAGAAGAUGGGAUGAAUAUUGUUAAUCUAGGUGAAUCUACCGCUAUAACUCCAUUUUUGGACAGAUUAACCAAUACGAUGUUAUCGGACCCAGUAGGUCGUCAAAUUAUAAGAGAAAGACCCAAUAUUUCAGAAAAUGAAAUUAGCAUGGAGAAACUAGCUACAUAUCCAAAGAAUUCUUUGGGUUAUACUUUUUAUCAUUGGUGCAGAACUGAAAAUGUAACACCAGAUACAAGGGCAGAAGUUAAGUAUAUUGAUGAUCCUUUACAUGCGUUUGUAUUUAAAAGAUAUAGGCAAUGUCAUGAUUUUUAUCAUGCCUUAGUUAAUAUGCCUAUCAUUAUUGAAGGUGAAAUAACUAUUAAAGCUUUAGAAGGUGCCAACUUGGGCGUUCCAAUGGCAAUAAUGGGUGGGCUAUUUGCUCCUUUACGAUUAAAGGCAUCUCAAAGAAAAAGGCUAAGAGAAAUUUACAUCCCAUGGGCUUUGAAAACAGGUUGGACAUGUAAACCUUUAAUUAAUGUUUAUUGGGAAAAAAAUUUAGAUAAAGAUAUUAAUGAAAUCAGGAAAGAAUUAGGCAUUGAGUUGCCACCUAAUUUAAGAGAACUACGUAAGAAGCAACGUGAAGAGAGAAAAGCUAUCAAUAGCUUAAAUAGUAAAUAA